AGGAACGACCAAAACAUCUGCUCCCGGAAGCUAACUGAUAGCUAGCUACUGAAGCAGUGCUGCCUGUGACUUCAUUUGUUGUCACCUGUGUCCCCUUACAGCACAGCUUCUCCCCUCAACACCUCCGAGUAAAAACAGUACAUUUCAGACCAUAAACGGACCCGUCCUUUUCUAUCCAACCUGGCGUUUCCCUGUUUCGAUGGCAUUUAGCGGUUAUCUCCCAAAGCAAGAAUGUCAAUUCAUGCAUCAGGUCAUGGAUGAGCUGGAAACAUACCAACAGAAGAGCCAUCGCAAGAGUGUGCUCCUGUUCCCCCCUCUACCCAGCAGACUGCGAUACCUGAUCCACAAUUACACGGAGGAUGUGCCAGAGCUCACCACCUUCUCAGUAGGGGACAGCUGGUGCCGUAGAGUGGUGGUCUGCCAUUCUGAGCUCAGGGGUGAGGUAGAGGAAGAUGUUGACUUGGAGGGCAACAACAGCUUGUGUGAAGAGCCCCUAGCAAGAAGCAAAAGAAGGGAAGGGAUUGAGGGCGAUGCCAAGCCUAAAUCUUCAAACGUAUCGCGAAGCCGAGGACCGAAGAGGCCAGACAAACCCCUUUACAUGCCGCGAGCUGCUCGGGAGAGACUGUCCUUACAGAACUCACAAGGACCCUCAGGAGACCAAGAGUUGCCCAGUCCGGCCUCCAGUAGCUAUAGCUGCAUCAGCAGUUCAUCUGAGUCUUGUUCCUAUCCUGAAACAACAGAGAACACAAAGUCCUCAUCCACAUCCGGGCAGGAAUCAGACCCCAGUGUAGUGGACGGUGUCCUCAACCAUGUUGCUGAAAGUCCAGCGCUUUGUCCGGAGGGGCUGAUGCUGCAUGAAGCUGAGAGCCUAGUCUGGGAUGAGACCGUGUCCUGCUUUGCUGAGAUGACUCUGGAGGAGGACGAGAAGGACAAGGAGGACCUUGCUAGUGUGGCAUGCAGUGAUGUAACUGAAGAGAUCAGGGCACACCUGAAAGACGCAGUGGCUGUUUCCAUUGAGCACGUUCACAAUGACUACUCCGUGUAUGUGAAUGUGUGUAUCAAUAUCAGUCCAGAUGAUUUUCGCCACGUGAUCGAGAUCUAUGACUUCCCAGCUUUAUUCAAAACAGAUGACCUCAUGGAUGCUUUCUCGGAGUACAGUGAUGGUGGAAUGAAGAUCAAGUGGAUAGACAACACACACGCACUGGGGGUUUUCUCCAGUGAGUCAGCAGCACUCCAUGCCCUCUCCAUCUGCCAUCCGCUGCUGAAGACAAGGGCACUGACCGAGGGGAGUAAAAAAGCCAAAUGCAAGGCCAUUAGAUUUGCAGAGUUUAUCCAGCCAGUGAAGAAACGUCCUAGGACAGACUGCGCUGUUGCCCAGCGGAUGGUGACCAGAGCCUUGGGGCUGCAGGGACGAGGCAGAGGGCAGCGAUAUUGAAGGAGAAUCGCUAACGCUUGGCUAAUGCAGGAAGGUCCAGCAGAGGUCUGCCUCCAUCCACUGGUCCUCUGUAGAGGCUCCACAGUGGCCACAAACAGCCAGCUGAACUUUAAGAGUCCCGUCCAGCACUGUUUGCCUGCUUCACUGAUCAGUACAGCAGGUUGAGAGGCAGGUUUGCAGGGUGAAGGAGUAGACUGGCACAAGUUGACUGCCACACAUCAGCAACGUUCACCCUGCUGAAGUGUCUUUGAGCAAGACACUGAACCCUUUGGACAUUAUUGGUUUAAGUACGAUUGAGUCCGAUGCAAACGCUGAUUUGAACGAGAAAAGGGAGAAAACUGGAGAAGUUCUUAGAUUGUUUUGAUUUGAUUGCAUGUUGCCUUGAAACUAAAGUGCAUUUCAAGGGUGGUUUGGUUAAAUAAAUCUUUUACAUUGUGCGUUGUAGUACAACUCCAACUGACAAACGUAAUGUAGGUCCAUUAACAGAAUCUUAUCUGUUAAAAAGAUAAUACUAAAUAUAGUUUUGUUUUCAAAAGCCAGCACUUCAGUUGAGUAAAGGAAAACAAAUGUAACAAUGUUAUACUGGACUCAAUAGAUAUUUUAUAAUGCAUUAGUUCAUUUAAAAUGUUUUAUGUUUUGUAAACAAGUUGCAAGAUGUUCAAUUGUUUUUAAUAUUUAUUUUUUUCCUCUAAAUAACACAAAAAUACUAUAGGAUUGUUGCCUCGGGAAAGUUCUUUCACAUUCCACAUUACACAAAGCUAAAAGAUUUUAGACAUUUGGGUGAGACAUUUAGUUUUUGCUUCGCAAACUUGGAUUGUUGGGUCCUCUGUACCGGUUACUGUACCGUUCGUCAUUGAUUUAACACCAGUCUUACCUCUAAGAGGGUGUCUAAAAUGCCAUUAAGAGAGAAUUGUAUAUGUUUGUAUUCAGUAAAAGGAGAUGAGUAUUUUAUUUUUUGUCAUACUUGAAAUGAUCUUUGUGCCUGAAGUGAAGGUGACAGGACUUGUUCUGUGGUUUGUCUUUAUGCAUUACUUUUUGAACUGUGUCCAUUGAGUAAUUUCAGGGAAAACAAGACUGGAUUAAAUUAAAUGCUCAUGUCUCAUGAAAAUAUGAAAAUUA